GAAAGUGGGUUAGGAAGGGAGCUCAGUGCUCAGAGACUGCACAGCCACUCACAGGAGCAGGAGCAUCUGCACACGGAGGGGAAGCACACAGGACUCUUUUUUCAUUUUCCUUUUUUAACCGUCACUCCAGACAGGCUUAAUUAUUUUUUACAUCUGUAUUUUUUCCCCUCUUGCUUCAUUUUGAUCUCCUCCCCAAGCAUCCCCCACACUUCUUUUUUGUUGGAGUUUUUUGCUCAGACUUUUUGGAGAAUUUUUAUUUUAGCUAAGCCAGCACGAGACUGAAAGGACCGAGAGAAAGUGGCAGCUAAGAGAGACUGCAAAAUCAUCUCUUCCUGGGGUUCUCCGGCAGAGACAGAGUUGCACAUUAUUUUUACUGUGUUUUCACAUACUGCUCUCUAUCUAGCCAUAUACACGUGCAGAAGGAGAGAAGUACAUACAUUGAAACUCAAGCAGCCCAGCCAUGGGAGGAAGGGCUCAGCCUGAUCGGAAACAAUUACCUUUGGUCCUACUGAGAUUGCUUUGCCUUCUCCCUACAGGGCUGCCAGUCCGCAGCUUGGAUUUUACCCGAGGCACCGAUAACAUCACCGUGAGGCAGGGGGAUACGGCCAUCCUCAGAUGUUAUGUAGAAGACCGAAGCUCCAAAGUGGCCUGGUUAAACCGUUCUGGCAUCAUUUUUGCUGGACAGGAUAAGUGGUCCCUGGACCCUCGGGUAGAACUGGAAAAACGAACCCCUCUGGAAUACAGCCUCCGAAUCCAGAAAGUGGAUGUCUAUGAUGAGGGGUCCUAUACAUGCUCAGUGCAGACACAGCAUCACCCCAGGACUUCCCAGGUUUAUUUGAUUGUGCAAGUUCCACCAAAGAUCUCCAAUAUCUCCUCGGAUGUCACUGUGAAUGAGGGCAGCAAUGUGACCCUGGUGUGCAUGGCAAAUGGACGCCCCGAGCCUGUCAUCACCUGGAGACACCUCACCCCGACAGGCAGAGAAUUUGAAGGCGAGGAAGAGUACCUGGAGAUCCUAGGGAUCACGCGGGAGCAAUCUGGCAAGUACGAGUGCAAAGCCGUCAAUGAGGUUUCCUCGGCAGAUGUCAAGCAAGUCCGGGUCACUGUGAACUACCCUCCCACUAUCACUGAAUCGAAGAGCAAUGAAGCUGCCACGGGACGGCAAGCCUUACUCAAGUGUGAGGCAUCGGCAGUGCCCACGCCUGAUUUUGAGUGGUACAGAGAUGACACCAGGAUAAACAGUGCCAAUGGCCUGGAGAUCAAGAGCAUGGGGAGCCAGUCCCUCCUGAUGGUGGCCAAUGUCACUGAAGAACAUUAUGGCAACUACACCUGUGUGGCUGCCAACAAGCUGGGAGUCACAAAUGCCAGCCUAUACCUUUACAAGCGAGUUUUACCCACACUCCCCAACCCUUUUCCAGGACCUGGCACAGGGAGAGUAGACAACGGUUCAGUGAGUUUGGCCGUACCACUGUGGCUGCUGGCAGUGUCCCUGCUCUGCCUACUUAGCAAAUGUUAAUAAAAUCAGAAUAAAAUCAAAUUAAAAAACCCAACAACAGCAGCAACAAUAACAACACACAAAACAAAGCGCGUCAUACAGGAGACAGAGCGAGAAAAAGAGGGGGAGAGAGAGAGGACUGGUUCUUUCACAACUUUUGUGUGUUCAGGAGCAAAGGGGGGGAAUUACAGCGAAGACGAAUCAGCAACAUUUUUUCGAAUUACGACAAGACGUCUGUCAAGCCAUCGACCACCCAAGAUACGACCAGGAGCGCAGGAGAGAAGGAGGCACUGGGUGGGGACCGCGUUGUGCCAAAGACGCCGAGAUGUAAAAAAAAACCCCAACCAAUCAGAUUUCUUGUUUCUUCCUUCUUUCCUUAGUCCUCUUUCUUUCAUCUUCUGAAAGAGAAGGUCUUUGCUGUGAUGUUUAUAGCCACUUAACCCCUUGAUUCCCUUAGCCAUUUGGUGAGCUGACUCUCUGCCAGUUCAGACUUUUGGAAAGCAGUAAUCCAGACCCUUUCGCAUACUGGUGUCCCAUGAAGAAACCUCACACCUCCCCCCCCCCCAUCCCUUGCACCCUCGUUGACCCCCUCCUUUACGCCCCUUCUCCUCUACUACCUCCCUCUCUGCCCUGAGCUCAAGCUAUGUUGACUAUGCUACAAACACACUGUUUUUAUUCUCUUCUUCUCCCCCUGUAUUUGGCUGGGUGUCUCUGUCUCCCGUGUGUAUGUGUCUGUGUGUGUGUCUCUCUCUCUCUAAAGCAUGCGAACAGAAUGGUCCAUAUGUACAUAAGCUCAUCAUGCUGUAGAUAAAGUUCUGCAUUGUAAGUGUGAGACAUGGUGCUGAGAGAUCACUUGGGCAGAUGUGGGUGGGGUGGGGAGUGCAUCAGUUGUGGCACUGGUUCAGAUUGGCUCCUGUCCCACAGCUGACUUUUGCCUUGACAGCCUCCUGGCCGUAUUGCUUGGAAGCGUCAAUCUCCAUACUUUUUUAACCCAUCCCUGAUCACCACCCGGCUGGCACUCAAUUGUAAUGCAUCAGAAUAGUGGCUCCUGCUUCACCUCUGUGCUUGUGUGUAUGUCCAACCAGGUAGAAAAUCAAUGUGACUGACCCGUAGGACCAUAGAUGGCAGCAUUUCAAGAGCUCUGUUCCAGUACGCACUCCUGGGGGGGGUUGGGAAGAGAGGUUAUCAGUGAGAUAACCUGGGCUUCACUGAUCUUCUGCUCCUGUAGGUAUGGCGUGGCCAUUAAAUCUCUCUUACCAGAAAAGCCUCCAAGUGGUAAUUCAUAACCAUUCAGUAUUGCUAUAGAAAUGAAUUUUUUGUCCCUCUGACCUCCUUGUUAAAAUCAAAGCAAACCUGUAAAUAUCUCACUCAGCCACCAUGAAAAUACCUAGAUGGAGCUUGUUUAAUUUUAUACUUUAAAGAAAGCUCAAACUGGUUCAGAAAGUGGCCAGAACCUGGGACUGUAUUGUAAAAAAGCUGGGGCCAAAAUUCUUGACAUACAGGAAAGAAGCUUUGGGUGGUGCAUUGAAGAGAGGUACAAGGGGGUACGCAAUGGGAGGGUAUUUUGUUCACCAAUAUGUAACACAUCAAGGUUGCUAAGCUUGCUUCUAGAAAUCUUUGCCCUCUGGAUGGUCAGAGGAGGAGGUAGUUGAUGAAAGAACCUCUAGUAACACCUGGUGGAGAAGAUGUGGUGAGUCUCAGAGUAGGUCAUUUGAAACAAGAGUUACUGAAAUGCUACCUAUCUGCUGGAAUCUGCCAUUUCAGCAACAGGUCCUGCAGGAUAUGAUGUAAGCAAUGGGACACAUGCAAAUCUGAAGAGCCUCACAUAUCCCAUUGGCUGUGCUGGUCAUCCGUGAAAGGGGACAGCUGGGUUAAUGCACCAGUGUUUUGUCUCUGGCAACCUGUGUCUAAAUGCACCUAGGGUCACAAGUGCCAUGAUCUGGGUGUCCACAGCAGAGGAGAUGUUGGGACUGCCAGUCCCUUCUCUUUCUCAGCAGAGCCUCUGGAACUGGCUUAGCAGUGGUGCUGUGGGUCAGGAUUUAGGAGCUACGCACGGGCCUUCACUGUGUCCUACUCCUAAGCAGUUUCCUAAGCAGUAAAAAUUCCUUUUCACUCCAUCCCCCCACAAAUAAAUACAAUUUAGCUCUGCCUGGAAUUUGCUGUAAAAACUUACGGGAAGUAGGGCGGAAAUCUCUCUGGUUUGAGCAGGCUUAAGAAAGGGGAGACUGAUCACCAGAAAGCAAUGAGUUAAUUCUGUUAUGUGUUUCAUUCCUUCCCUUUACUCAGCUAAGACAAAAUUUGUAAGAGGAGGCUCCUUAUUAUUCAGUGCCAGCUCAGCGGCAGCACUCGCCUUGAUCAAGCAGCUCAACAGCACUGCCUCUUUUCUGCUGAGCAAGGCAGUUUUGGGGCAGAGACAGGCAAUCAAUUAAAGAGGCAGCAAGGCUUCUCGCAGCCCACCAGGACUUGCAGAUAAAUAUUAGUCUUUGAGUGUCUUUUAAGGGAGGAGAGCAGAGAAACAGGCCUGCAGGAUGUCACCAGUCAAGGGAAGGAGAUUUUCCCCCAUCCCUCAAAGUACUCAAGGUGGGCUCUUCUGUAAUUUUCCCUCAGUGUUUUGGGAUGUUGGAGAAUAAUCCCCACAAAAAUCACACCCCAGAAUAUGUGUGUGUGCGCGCACCUUGAUAACAGAUAUGACACCAUCACUGCUUGGGAGGGGUUGGCAAUUGGGCAUUGAAACCUCUCUCAGUGGGACUGGAUCCAGUGAGGCCAGAAAAUGAGGCACAGACCUUCAGAAGUAUGUAGGCGCCUGGCUCUUGUUGAACACACUGGGCAUUAGGCACCUAAAUACCUUUGAGAAUCUGGGCCUUAGCCUGUAGGUGACCUACUGACCAUGAGCCCUGCAGAGUCUCUUAGGACAGGAGCCCUCUAGCCUCUGCUGGUGAUUCUUUCUGAGUCUGAUGGGUCUUGCUGUAGGGAGGGGAGUGAGUGUACAAGCCCAGUAGCAGAUAUUGCACUUGGGGGAUGGACUGUGCACCCUCUCCCACAUAUUGGUUCAUUGGUUUGUUAUUGUAGGGUUGCUCAGAGGUGGUGGGCUGCCUGCACUGAUUCAUUACUGCAGGGAGCCUGUCAAGGGUUGUUUAUAAGGACUGGGCUGAACGCAUUGUUUCAUCAGUGUAGGUUAGCUCAGGGGUGCUGAGCUGUAUACACUGGUUUGUUAUUGUAGGGUCACUGAUGAGUGCGGAGCAGUACAUAUCGCUGUGUUAUUGUAGGGUUGUUCAUGAGCACUAGGCGGCACACAGUGGUUUGUUAUCGUAUGAUUCCCCACAAGUAGUGAGCUACUGGCAGUGAAUUGUUUUAAAUAUUUUUAGAAAAAAGAGCACUGAAGCUUUUGUUUGGGGGGGAACACCCCCCCCCCACCAAC